AUGGCCCCAGACGCUUCAACUACCCGAGAGGCUCUUCUCCAGUUGACCGCACAACAUCUUGGACCCGAAGCUCUGACAACUGUCGAGGACUCCAGAAUUUCGGCAGUGUCAACUGAUACAGAGCCCCUCCCAUUGUCUCCUGUGUGUAUCACGCAAGAGUCAGUUCCCCGGAACCUAAAGUCCGACCCAGCCGCCAUCAUGGUUGGGUUGGAAUCUGAAAUUCCACGCUGGGAGCCUGGUUCCGUGGUUAAGUGGACUGCUUGGCAAAUGGGAUAUGACUCUCCAGCAGAUGCGACGCAUGCUGCAGCACACCUUAAGCAGGCUGCUGAAGCAUGGAACAAGGCAGACGUUGGGGUAAAUUUUGAAUUUGUCGCCCUAGCAAAAGACGCAAACUUUGUCCUCUCCAUGGUGGUGAUAAGGGAAAUGUGCUUGCUAGUUAGUGCCUACUUCCCAAAUCGCAAAGGCCUCAACUUCCUCUAUGUCUAUAGCCUUGCCUUUCGACCCGAUUUCAGAAAAAGCCUUUGGAAAGUUCUUACACAUGAAUUGGGUCAUGUCUUGGGACUCAGACAUGAGUUAGCUAUGGACCCCAACCUAAGCGUUUCGAAGGCAAUGCGGUACAAAUUGGCGAGGAAAAUCCACUUUCGGUAA